AUGAACCCGACACCUGCCAAACGUGCUAGACGCACGUCUUCACCCUCUUCACCUACCGGAUCGACCUCAUCACUCCAACGGCAAAGGCCACCAACCGCAUCACCCUCACACCCCAUCUUACCCGCACCGAUACCGUCCAACCCACCAGGGAGCAGCGGUGGUGGUGGGUUCCCACCGUUUGCACCCGGACCUUCAGGAUGGCAGUCAAAUUGGAGAUCAGAUUCAAGACGAUCUUUUGAUGCUGGUUCACCCACUUCCACCACUUCACCCAGACUGCCUGGAGAUCCUGGUCAUCCGGAGGAACCUCAGAGUGUGAUCUUCACUAGAGAUGUGAAUAGUAGAGCACCGAGGAGUAUGAUGGCUUGUACGAGAUGCAGGAGGCAGAAGAUGAAAUGUGAUGGACCGAGUCAAGUGCCAUGUAGGGGAUGUCGACAAUCUGGACAACCAUGUAUCUUCGAACCUCGAUCAAGACCGAAAUCAAUAUCAGUCAUACCUUCUCGGCCACCUCCAUUUCACAUGUCCAGUGGUAGACCCGGUUCACCAGGAUUAGGAUUCUAUCCUGCUGGACCACAACCUGCUCCGCCCAUAACUUCGCGUGCUCCCCCGCUCGGAGCGGAAACUUAUGCAUUUCGACAAGCCAGAGAACCUAUGCCUCCUCCUCCUGCUACUUCCUUGGCGGCUCUCACCUCACCUUAUCAACCAUCAAGACACUCCCCACCACCUCCUAGUACUUCUGGUAGUAUCGUCGGAGGUCCGCCACCUCCACCACCUUCUCAAGCGAUAUAUCACCCACCUGUCAAUGUCGUUCAUCCUCCACCUUUUCCCACUUCUUCCAUGAUGGCCCAAGCUCAGUCUCAACCUCAUCCACCUGCACAUACCUCGACAUCGACCGACUCAAGAUUAAGACAUGUCGAAUCGUCCCUGAGGCAUUUACAGAGUUUACCAUUAGCUGUUUCGAACUUACAGUUAUCGAUCAAUUCCCUACAGAGACAUCUAAUGCCUAAAAGGAGUGUACCUGUGUUAGAAGCUACGUGGGAAAGUUAUCGAACGAGAGCAUGGCCUUUGACACCUUGGUUAGUAGGAUUAAGGGAUUCAGAAGGAUUACCAGGUAUGGUCGUUGACCUACUUGGAAGGAGGACGGUCAUUGAAAGAGAUGAAAUGAGGAAAAGGGAAUGCGAAGGUCUGUUAGUUGACGUUACGGCUGAGGUGGGUAGAUUGGUGGGUGAGAGAAGUGAUUGGUCAAGAGAGGAGAUUAGAUCUUUAGGUGUCUUGGCGACAUGGAUCAAUGAUCCUACGUAUUCUGCUAUUUCUAUUGCACAAGCUAGAUCAGCGGGAUUAGAUAGGUUGUUUGCAGUGAGGAAGACACACGAUGAUUGGCGAGAAUGGAUUUAUCUGGUUAUUAUGGAUCACCUAUGUCAUAUACCCAACUUGUUACCGCCUGUAACUCGAGAUCCAUUAGCUGUAGCAUGGAGGGAAAAGCUAUCAGUGUCUCCUGCGAGUGAUUUGGCAGUGAGAGAUAGGGAUUCAAAGCUAUUAGCUUGGUUAGAAUACUCUGAACUAUUAGCUGAACUGCAGCAACUUCAGAAUACCGCGCGAACUGCACCUCUACCUUCUGAAAAUCCCACAGAAGAGAUCAUACUGGAAGACAGGAAGAAGCGAGCCAUGGACCCUUGGAGGAAGCUUUCGGGUAGGAUAGAUAUAUGGUCAAGGACUUGGGCAGUUAGCACUGAUCCAAUAUUAUCACUCUAUCAUAAUUAUGUCAUACUAUUCGCCUGUUCUGCAGCUUUCUUGGCGGAUGAGAGGAUAUGGCAAGAAUUGGCAGAUUCGAAAGAGGGUUAUUCGAUUAUGGAACGAGGUAGAGAUGCAGCCACGAAUGUGAUUCAAUCUAUCUGCUCGGUUGAGAUUGGACGGACCUUACCUUACUCGUUCGCAUUAUUCAGACCUUUAUUGGGCUUAUCAAUCAUCCAUCUCGUCUCACUGACCCUUACACCGUUACCUUCGACGUCUUCACCUCUGAUUGGACCUUCUCACCUUUUAAGCGUCCUUCGUCAAGCGUACGAUGCUAUCUUGACUCAUCAGCCUAUCGAUCGAAUACCAAUUCAGAUUACUUCCUCAUCUCAAACUUCCUCUGCACCCCCACCGUGCCUCUUGGCUGAGAUUGUGGAGAGUACAAGGGUGGAAAUUGCAAAGAGGUGGUUAGGCGUCGAGUUGAUCAAAGAAAGUUGGAGGAGGAUCGUUGGAUAA